AAGAUUUGGCAUAAUCAUGAGUUUCCGUGCAUCUCAAGUGUGGUCGACCUACGUUAUUGUUUAAAAAAAAAGUGUAGUUAUAGAGCUUUAAAUUUAACUGUGGUGCAAUGAGUGCUACAUCAUGAAUUUACACUUUAGACGUCCCAUAUAAACAUGUUACACAUACCGCACUAUUAAAAUGAAACAAAAUCAAACAAAUGUAACCGUCAGACACAUUUUUGUAUCAAAGCUGCUUUCAGUUGGUCACGUGACUAACUACAGAGGAAAACCAAGUUGUAUUUUCACACAAAACAAAGUUUUCGUAGGAACACUUACAUGUAGCAUGUACAAAAAAAUACAGAAACAACGAAAUUUUAUAAUGUCUGCUUUCACUUCCCGAGGAAGUUCCCGCCCUCACUGCGCUGAUUGGUCUGUUUAUUAAGGAAGUAAUGCAGCGCCUCGUUUUAAUUGGCUAACAAGCGUCAUGUGACCGGAGGAGUGCAACUAAGUUUUCCGUACUGAUGUUACAAACGUUGUUAGUGUGUUUUCUCGUUCGAUAGUAAAUAUUUAGAAGUCAAGCAACUUUAUAAAAGCAGAAUUACGAUUCAGCACUUUAUCUGCGCAUUGUAUUAACUACUGUAUCAAUGUUUACGGCUGACUUGCUCAUAGUUUUCAUGGCACGGACAUGCGGUGCACUUGGGACUUUGGUUUUACUCACAUGACCGUGACAGUACCUUGAGAACAGGAGAGUUUGACCAACUGUAAUGCAAUCAUUGAUCUGCCUGACUCAUUCUUGAAUAAGAUAAGUGGUUCCUUGAAUAGAAUUUAGGUGGCCACACCAUCCGGACUAACGGCAGAAUUCAGUUACAUGCAUUACAGACCAUCUCCAUCUGUCUCUUCCUUUUCCUUUCUCUGCCUUUCUCCUGUGUCAUCAUUUUCGGCUGAAUGCUGCAGGCAUUGCCUAAGAUUAGGAGAGCAGUUAAGAGGGUUCAGCAAGUCGGAGCCCAAAUCAUCCCAAUGGCUCAGAACUGCAAUGCAUCCUCCACGCAGAAAGAUGGUGCUGUCACAGCAGCUAUUCUCAUCAUAGGAGAUGAGAUCCUCAAGGGUCACACUGUCGACACUAACAGUGCCUUCCUGUGCCGUGGACUUCGUAAACUUGGUGUCACGGUAGAGCGAAUCACUGUGGUACCUGACGUCCAGGAAGUCAUCGCUAAAGAAGUAGCCCAGCUUUCGUCCUCCGUUACUCACCUCAUCACAUCCGGCGGCAUCGGUCCCACCCAUGACGAUGUCACUUUUGAAAGUGUCGCUAUGGCAUUUGGCGAAGGUCUGCAUGCCCACCCUGAACUGACAAAGCUAGUGGAGGGGUUCUUUGGCACCGUCACUCCUAACAGUGCCCCCAUGAAGCUUGCCAUGGUCCCCGUUUCUGCCAAACUCAAUUUUGGCAUAGACCCUCAGACAGGCCAGCGAAAUCGCUUCCCUCUAGUCAGUGUCCGAAAUGUGUACAUAUUUCCCGGCAUCCCCUCUCUGCUGGAACGAUCGUUCAAUGGACUAACCCAUCUGUUUUCAGGUUCUGGUACCAUCUUUCACACCCGUGAGGUGUUUGUGGAUGCAGAUGAGACUGAGAUCGCCCCGAGUCUCACAAAACUGCAGGCAGGUUGGGGAAAACGUGUCUCUCUGGGAUCUUACCCAGACUGGCUUAGUAAUUAUCAUCGUGUGCGACUGGUUCUGGACUCAGACAGUGUGGAGGAGGUGGAUCGGGCACGAACUCAACUGAUAGAAGAGCUACCUGAAGGAUCUGUGGUUCCUCUCAUUACUGAUCCAGUGUCAAUCGCACCUGAAGAGGUGUACUCUCUCUCGAAAAGCGAGACACUGCUUGGGAAGAAAGUAGCUGCAGCAUUGGGGACCAUUGAGAUGGCGCUGGAUAAAUACUCUGUUAAUGAGCUCUGCGUUGGCUUCAACGGUGGCAAGGACUGCACAGCUCUACUGCAUUUGUAUUAUGCUGCUCUAAAACGGCGGUAUCCAGAUGGUAAAGAUAAAUUGAAAGCUCUGUACAUUCGAGUUGUCUCUCCUUUUCCAGAAAUGGAGAGGUUUUUGCAGGAUACAAUUAAAAGGUAUGAUCUGGAGCUGUUCUCAGUGGAGGGUAGUAUUCGGCAGGCUCUGACUGAGGUCCAGGAAAGGAGGCCGGAUUUACGGGCAGUCCUUAUGGGAACAAGACGGACCGACCCUUAUUCGCACACACUAACACCCCUAUGUCCCACAGACCCGGGCUGGCCUGAAUACAUGAGGGUCAACCCACUGCUGGAAUGGACUUAUCAUGACAUCUGGGAGUUCCUGAGAACCCUGUAUGUGCCCUACUGUAUUCUGUAUGACAAAGGAUACACUUCUUUAGGCAGCAUGGAUAACACAUGCAGGAAUCCAUCUCUUAAAAUGGUGGACGAGAGAGGUGUGACCCGCUACAAACCAGCCUACAAGCUGGAAAAUGAGGAGGAGGAACGCAACUCAAGGGCAUGAUUGGCUUCUCUAAACAAACAUGCCUUCAUUUUUUUUAAGAAGACACAAUGGAUGACAGAUGUGCGGCUGAUAACAUUUUGAAGAAGGAACAGAAUCUGAAAUCCUGUCAGAUACAGACCUCUUGAAAAACCUGUAGUUUGUGUACUGUGUCUGUCCAUUUAUGUAGAUGUAGGAAAGUGAGAAUAUGUCACUAUGCUGUAUUUAAGAUUUAUAUUAAAACAGUAUCAAAGUG